AGCUUAAAAUAUUUCCGAUGCCUUAGGCUGCAAUAGCAAGGGCAGGUGCAGCAAAUGGUUCCGAAAUUCUAAUGCCUUAUAUCCUUAUUAGACAUUGAAAAUGCUGAGUAAGCUUCGGAUGAUGUUAGAAUUUGUGAAGGUUAACGACGAUUUGGUUGUAACAUUGUCAUAUACCACGUCUAGGAAAAUCAUGUUUACAUUUAUGGAACGAAAAUAUCGUUCGAAUUUCGGUGUACGUUACUAAUAGGUAUACACAUUUCGUACAUCCGUUGUGUACAAAUCAACUUAAUCAGUGGAGAAUCUGCCAACGUCGCGAUGAAUCCACCGUCGUGCAUAAAAAUCCCUGGUUCCAAAGAAACUUUGAUUUGUCCAAAUUUAACUGUAAGCGAUGUGGAUAUUCGCGAUCAAUGCACUAAGAAUGAUCUUAUCUCAUUGGCAAAUGAAAUCUUUGGUACAAACAAAUGGAAUCAUACUGUGACAAGUCAAACUUUAGAUUUUGUCGAAUACACCACAGGCAAAUAUCAGGUCGGAUGCGCAGCCUUCGUUAAAAUUCAAUUGCGAGAUGGAACUGUUCACGAGGACGUAGGAUACAGCAACUUGGAAGGACCCAACAAGGGCUUAAUUAUAUUUUUAGCGAGAACUGGUUCCAUUACAAAUGCUAUGAAAAACACCUUGUUGUGCUUUGGUGGUGAUAUUGCUACAAAAAUUCGAAAUUUUACCAAACCGAAAACCGAGAGUUCAGUUUCAACCAUUUCUCAUAUUGGAGAACCACAAAAGAUGGUUCCCCCUCUGCUACGGAUGACUCCAAAUGCUCAAUCCACGCCGCAUAAAACACCAUCGCCAAGGUGCGACAUCCAGGCCACUACGUUCAAUUAUGAUAAUCGAGAGGUUUUAUCAGUUUCGAAUAAUGAAGAACCAAAAAUACAAUCACCAAAACCUCUUCACCCAGUGGAAAGCUGCGUUAAGGUUGAUAAAGCUGCAAUGACGGAGGAGGAACGAAGAUUGGAAAGAAAACGCAAACAAGCACAGAAGCAAGAAGAGUAUAAAAGGUUACUGAAAGAAACGGCAUAUGGCCAGAAACCAAAUCCAAGAUUUUAAUUCGAUAAACUUUUACUGAGUAAGAACUUACAGAGCUUAGUGAUAAAAAAGUUGUUCGCUUGUUAAAUAUACGAUAUAUAUUUUCUUAAGUUGCUCGUUUAAGCCCUGUUGAUAUGUAAACACGAUUCAAGGUCACCUCUGUGGCCGGCUGUACAGGUUAAUUGGAUGUUAGCAAACAAUACCAGUGGACUCGAAUCGGUCAGAAUCAACCACCUUGGGUUUAGCUAUUAUGAUAAUACAUGAGUUAUUAACACAUAGGUACAUAAAAUAGAAAUUUAUUUUCAAAUGAACCUGCUGAAAAGUACUUCACAGAGUUCAAGUUCUACUCGAAGCUUAAAAACUAGUCAUUAUCUUUCCAUGGUCACACUUUCACUUAUAUUUGGCAUUGGCAAUCUGGAAGCAGCUGAGGAUAGCUUUUUUCUUGCCAACAUUCUCAAGAGUAUACGAAACUCCACAUGGUACAGUGAAAUGUCCGUAAGUGUCCAUUUUAAUGCUCUUCUCAUGAAUUGUUACUACAAUAUUACCCGCCAUAAUACAAAAUACCUGCAAAAGUUUGUCAAAUAUAACA